ACGACAACAAGUCUUCCUUCCCACAAACAAAUCCUCAAACCCAGUCACUCUUAUAAACCCUCGAUUCGACGGAGUGUUUUUGCUCGAACCAGAAGCAGGUUUUUGAUUCAAGAUCAGAUUACCAGUUCAAAAAAAAAACAAACGAACAUUAGAGAUGAUGAUUAGUAGUAGCAGUAGAAGUAGAGUGAUCAUUCUGGUCGCGGUUCAAUUGUUUUUGUUGCUGUUGUUGGGCGCUUUGGAUCUGUCCUCAGCUCACGCGGGAGAGCAGCCUUUGUCCAAAAUUGCUGUCCACAAGAUCUCUCUUGCUCUCCGCCAUUCUUCCUCCAUUGAAGCUUCUCCUCUUGUGCUUGGUCUUGAGGGUGAAGACACUGAAUGGGUUACUGUGGACCUUGAACAUGAAGAGCCAUCUGACGAUGACUGGAUUGGGGUUUUUUCUCCUGCAAAAUUCAAUGAAUCAACAUGUAAUCCAGAGAGUGACCCUAAACAGCAGUCUCCAUAUAUAUGCACUGCCCCAAUUAAGUACAAUUACGCAAACUCUGAUUCCAGUUAUACAAAGACGGGCAAGGCUUCAUUGAAGUUUCAGCUAAUCAACCAGCGAGCAGAUUUCUCCUUUGCAUUGUUUACAGGGGGGUUGUUAAAUUGUUUAUUGCAGCCAAAAUUGGUGGCAAUCUCAAAUAGUAUAUCUUUUGCUAACCCUAAAGCACCAUUAUACCCGCGGCUUGCGCUAGGGAAAACAUGGAAUGAGAUGACAGUUACAUGGACAAGUGGAUAUAAUAUAGAUGAGGCUGUUCCUGUUAUUGAGUGGGGUUUGAAGGGUCAAUUAAGGAGACAAUCACCAGCUGGAACAUUGACGUUCGACCGAAACAGCUUGUGUGGUUCACCUGCAAGAACAGUUGGUUGGCGUGAUCCAGGUUUCAUACACACAAGUUUCUUGAAGGAUCUGUGGCCAAACAUGAUGUACACCUACAGAGUAGGACACUUCUUAAAGACUGGUUCAUAUGUUUGGAGUAAGAAGACAUACGCGUUUAGAUCAUCCCCCUUUCCAGGACAGGACUCCGUACAGAAGAUUAUAAUAUUUGGAGACAUGGGGAAGGCAGAACGUGACGGGUCAAAUGAAUACAGUAAUUACCAGCCAGGCGCACUAAAUACAACCGAUAGACUCAUCGAGGACCUUAGAAACAUAGAUAUAGUAUUUCACAUAGGAGAUACCGCAUAUGCGAAUGGUUACUUAUCACAGUGGGACCAGUUCACAGCACAGGUUGAACCCAUCGCGUCAAGAGUACCGUAUAUGACUGCAAGUGGUAACCAUGAGCGUGAUUGGCCCGGGACAGGAUCCUUCUAUGGCGGAAUGGAUUCUGGUGGUGAGUGUGGGGUGCUUGCCGAAACCAUGUUUUAUGUCCCUGCUGAGAACAGGGCUAAGUUUUGGUACUCUGCAGACUAUGGCAUGUUCCACUUCUGCAUAGCAGACAGCGAGCACGACUGGCGGGAGGGAUCCGAGCAGUACAAGUUCAUCGAGAAAUGCUUUGCCUCUGCAGAUAGGAGGAAGCAGCCAUGGCUGAUUUUUGCUUCCCACCGAGUCCUCGGUUACUCUUCCGACAAGUAUUACGCCUCGGAAGGGUCCUUUGACGAGCCCAUGGGGAGGGAAAGCCUGGAGAAGCUCUGGCAGAGGUACAAAGUGGACAUUGCGUUCUACGGUCACGUCCACAACUACGAGAGGACUUGCCCAAUCUACCAGAACAAGUGCGUGAACUCCGAACGGUCCCACUAUUCCGGCACGGUGAAUGGGACCAUACACGUGGUCUCCGGUGGGGCCGGGUCCCACCUGUCCGAGUUCGCGGCGAUCAACACCAGUUGGAGCCUGUUCAAGGAUUACGACUGGGGAUUCGUGAAGCUCACCGCGUUCAAUCACUCGUCGCUUCUGUUGGAGUACAAGAAGAGCCGGGAUGGGAAGGUGUAUGAUUCUUUCUCUGUGUCUAGGGACUACAGAGAUGUGUUGGCCUGUGUACAUGAUGGCUGUGAGCCUACCACUUUGGCAUCUUAGAUGGUCUCAUUAUUAGGCAAUUUUUUAGAAUCUCAGUUCAUCAAAUAAAUUUUUUGUUUGCUUUCCUUUUUUCCUGUAGAGGAGUAUACUAUUGUGUAUGUCAUCAAAUCACGUUUAUGAAAAUAAUAAUAUUAUUUUAUUUAA